AUGACUGUUCAAUCACGACUCAUGAGCACAGCUUUGUCAUGCCAGGUGAACAGCACAUGGCGUGGCAGACCUGAUGACGACAUGGACGACGAACUCGACAAAAGCAGGCGAUUGGAUCGGAUGCGGAAGCAGCUGGAGGAACAGCAGCGCCAGCUCGAAGAACGUGCUCGGCAGCUCCUACAAGGCCAGCGGCUGCACCAGGACGACCUGCAGGAGCUGGAGACGUAUCAAAAGCAGCAGCUGCAACAGUUUGAUGAACAGCAGGAGCAGAUGCAACGGGGAAGCGAGCUUUCGCCUGAGGAAUUGGUGUCACUGGAGCUGCCAGCAACUUCCCUGCCUGUGAUCUCGGAGCAUCCUGAGUAUUCACUGUUGGAUGAGAUGCAGCAGCAGCAGAUGCAGGAGCUGCAAAGACUUCAGUUCCAGUGGCAGCACGAACAAGAACAGCUUCAGCAGAAGCUACAGGAAACGCUGCGGCUGCCCGAGGAUCGGCGAUGCGCAAAGGCAGAGCUGCAAGACACCGACGAGGAGUCGAGCGAGCUCCCGGCAGAGACCUCCCUUCAGCUUGCGCCGUCUCCACAGGAUCAGAACGAGGAGCCGCAGCCAGCGCCGCUUUCGUCACAGACUGGAGGAGGCCGAGGAGCAAACGAAGCAAGACGCGCUUGCAGAGACGUUGCAGCCGCAUCCUGCCCAAGAAGCCACGGCUGA